UAAAAGACAUUCAAAGUAUUCACGACAUAAAAAAUCAUUAAUUGAUAAAAUCUUAUCAAAGAUGUCAUUCAGUGAACCAUUGAAACUAUUGAAACUAAUGAAGACUAUUGUCAAUGUCAUCCCAGUUGUGGAUAGAAAUGACUUCGAUUCCCUGAUGGAGGCAGUGGUCACUUUCAUUGGCAUAGACACUGCCAACCAAAUCGCUUCAAUUGGUGAACCAAUUGACGAUCAAAAUGAAUUGGCGGUCUUCUUAGUCAAGGCAUUCAAACUACAGCUCUUUGAGACUUACAAUCUGCUCAACAAUGACGCCGAUUAUCGUCAUCAACAGCUGAUUUCAGCUAUUGAUAACUUUUUGUUGCACCGACACAACUAUGCUGUUGUUGUUAACAAUGUUGAUGACGAAUCAACUAGAGCUCAGGCGGGCAGUACUCCUGAGACUACAUCAAGUAGUGGAAGUGAUGACAGUCACUAA